GUACAGUCAGUAGCAGUCUCUCGCUCCCUCCUCCUCAUCGAAUCUCUUCUCUCGCUACGUUCAAUUCAACUCGCCUCAAAAACUCGAAGCCCCCUGCUUUCUCAUUUAGAGCAAAGCUCUACGGAAAGCAGCCAUGGCGGCUCUCUGAUUAACCAUUUAAACCAGGUAGAACCCUAACCCUAACUCAAUUUCCUUCUCAUUUAUACUGAAUGUCCUCCCUCUAAAUUAGAUUAUAGAGUUUUUCCCUUCAUUUGCGGAUCUAAAUCUAAGAGGCUUUAGAAGUCUAGAACUGGCGGUUUUUCCCUUAAUUUAAAACCUGGUUCUUGGUAAGCCAGAGAGAAAGCCUUGGCUGAAACUCCAUUUCUCAAAAUUAGGGUUUUGUUCGACCCACUUCAUGAUCUGAUCCAGGCCUCUUAUCUGAAUCGGGAAUGGCUUCUUCGGAAGCUGAUUCCCGUUUAAGCCUGGUUGUAAUCCCUUCUCUAGAAAAGAUCAUCAAGAACGCGUCAUGGAGGAAGCAUUCAAAGCUUGUUCAUGAAUGCAAAGCAGUGGUCGAAAAGCUAGGGCUACAAGAUCCAAAGCAACAAGAACAAGAAGCAGAGCCCUCUCCUCCUGGACCUUUACAAGACAAAACCCUUAUUUUUAGUCUAGCAGACUCUGAAACCAUUCUCAGGCCUUUGAUCUUGUCAUGCGAAUCUGGUUUUGUCAAGAUCGUCGAGCCAGCUCUAGACUGCAUCCAAAAGCUCAUAGUUUUUGGGCACCUAAGAGGUGAGGCUGACACGAAUGGAGGGCCUGAAGCCACAGUUCUUCAUAACUUGAUGGGAUCGGUGUGCAAAUGCCACGAUCUCGGUGAUGAAGGAAUAGAACUCAUGGUGUUGAAAACCCUACUUUCAGCUGUGACCUCAAUCUGUCUGAGAAUUCAUGGAGAUUGCCUUUUACAAAUAGUUCGAACUUGCUAUGAUGUGUAUCUGGGAAGCAAGAAUAUGGUGAAUCAAACCACUGCAAAGGCCUCACUGAUCCAGAUGCUGGUUAUUGUUUUCCGAAGGAUGGAAGCCGAUUCCUCAACUGUUCCGUUACAACCAAUUGUGGUUGCAGAAUUAAUGGAACCAGCUGAGAAAUUGGGAGCUGAUUCGAACAUGACCCAAUUCGUUCAGGGAUUCAUUACUAAGAUAAUGCAGGAUAUCGAUGUGGUUUUAAACCCUGGAACACCAGUGAAAUCAGCUGGGGGAGCACAUGAUGGUGCAUUUGAAUCCACAGCUGUAGAGACUACGAAUCCAGCUGAUUUGCUCGAGUCUACUGAUAAGGAUAUGCUUGAUGCUAAGUACUGGGAGAUAAGCAUGUAUAAGACUGCUCUUGAAGGAAGGAAAGGGGAGUUGGCAGAGGGGGAGGUUGUGGGGGAUGAUGAUUUGGAGGUUCAGAUCACGAAUAAGCUCAGAAGGGAUGCUUUUCUAGUUUUUAGGGCUUUGUGCAAGCUCUCGAUGAAGACCCCACCGAAGGAGGCCACUGCAGAUCCAUCUCUUAUGAGGGGGAAGAUUGUUGCUUUAGAAUUGCUGAAAAUUUUGCUCGAGAAUGCUGGUGCCAUUUUCAGGACGAGUGAGAGGUUUUUAGGAGCAAUCAAGCAGUAUCUAUGUCUUUCGCUGUUGAAGAACAGUGCCUCCACCCUUAUGAUUGUUUUCCAACUUUCUUGUUCCAUUUUCAUAAGCCUGGUUUCGAGAUUUAGAGCGGGAUUGAAAGCUGAGAUUGGAGUAUUCUUUCCAAUGAUUGUCCUGAGGGUGUUGGAAAAUGUGGCUCAGCCAAAUUUUCAGCAGAAGAUGAUAGUUCUCCGUUUCUUGGAGAAGCUUUGUGUUGAUUCACAAGUGCUGGUAGACAUAUUUAUCAAUUAUGAUUGUGAUGUUCAUUCAUCGAACAUAUUUGAGAGGAUGGUCAACGGUCUGCUGAAAACUGCCCAAGGUGUGCCUCCAGGUGUUGCCACUACUUUAUUGCCACCUCAGGAUACUACCAUGAAACUCGAAGCAAUGAAGUGCCUGGUCGCUAUUUUGAAAUCUAUGGGAGAUUGGAUGAACAAACAAUUACGAAUUCCAGACCCUCAUUCUCUUAAAAAAUCUGAAGUUGAGGAGAGCCAUACUGAAUCUGGAAAUGGGAUCCUUUUGGCUAAUGGAAAUGCAGAAGAGUCCAGUGAUGGUUCAGAUACUCAUCCUGAAUCAGCAAAUGGAGUUUCAGAAGCUGCUGCUUUGGAGCAGCGCCGGGCGUACAAGCUUGAACUUCAGGAAGGCAUAUCUCUUUUUAAUCGAAAACCUCGCAAAGGAAUUGAGUUUCUAAUCAAUGCCAAGAAGGUGGGUGAUUCACCAGAGGAGAUAGCUGAUUUCCUGAAAAAUGCUUCUGGCUUGAACAAGACUCUGAUUGGUGAUUAUCUAGGGGAGAGGGAAGAUUUAUCAUUGAGAGUCAUGCAUGCAUAUGUGGAUUCUUUUGACUUUCAAGGGAUGGAAUUUGAUGAAGCGAUCAGAGUGUUCUUACAAGGCUUCAGGUUACCAGGAGAGGCACAGAAGAUUGAUCGUAUAAUGGAAAAAUUUGCUGAGCGUUAUUGCAAAUGUAACCCCAAGGCAUUCAUUAGUGCAGACACUGCUUAUGUUCUCGCAUAUUCUGUGAUAUUGCUGAACACUGAUGCUCAUAAUCCCAUGGUCAAAAAUAAGAUGUCACAGGAAGAUUUCAUUAGGAACAACCGUGGUAUUGAUGAUGGCAAAGAUCUACAAGAGGAAUACCUUAGAUCUUUGUAUGACAGGAUUACUAGAAAUGAGAUUAAAAUGAAAGAUGAUGAUUUAGCCGUCCAAAACAAACAAUCCACAAAUUCAAACAAAAUUUUGGGUCUUGACAGUAUCCUAAAUAUUGUUAUUCGCAAAAGAGGGGAAGAUAAACCAAUGGAGACCAGUGAUGGUCUUAUCAGGCACAUGCAAGAGCAGUUUAAGGAGAAAGCUCGCAAAUCUGAGUCGGCUUACUAUGCUGCCACUGAUGUUGUAACCUUGAGAUUCAUGAUAGAGGUUUGUUGGGCUCCAAUGUUGGCUGCAUUCAGUGUUCCACUUGACCAGAGUGAAGACGAUGUUGUGAUUGCGCAAUGCCUUGAAGGUUUUCGUUAUGCAAUACGUGUUACUGCAGUAAUGUCCAUGAAGACUCACAGGGAUGCAUUUGUCACUUCGCUAGCAAAAUUCACCUCUCUUCACUCGGUUGCUGACAUUAAGCAGAAGAACAUUGAUGCCAUCAAGACACUUAUCACAAUUGCUGAUGAAGAUGGCAAUUACCUACAAGAAGCUUGGGAGCAUAUAUUGACAUGUGUUUCCCGAUUUGAACAUUUGCAUCUCUUAGGAGAGGGUGCUCCUCCUGAUUCCUCAUUCUUUGCUCUACCUCAAAAUGACCUAGAGAAGUCCAGACAACAAAAGUCUACCAUCCUUCCUGUGCUGAAAAGGAAGGGACCUGGGAAGCUUCAAUAUGCGGCUGCGGUGGCUAGAAGGGGUUCCUAUGAUAGUGCAGGUGUUGGUGGGGUUGUUACUACUGAACAAAUGACCAAUCUGGUUUCAAAUUUGAAUAUGCUGGAGCAAGUUGGAAGUUUUGAAAUGAAUCGCAUAUUUACACGGAGUCAGAGGUUGAAUAGUGAGGCUAUAAUUGAUUUUGUGAAGGCCCUCUGCAAGGUAUCAAUGGAGGAAUUACGAUCUACUUCUGAUCCACGGGUUUUCAGUCUUACAAAGAUUGUUGAGAUUGCGCAUUACAACAUGAAUCGUAUUAGACUAGUGUGGUCAAGCAUAUGGCAUGUGCUUUCAGAUUUCUUUGUCACCAUUGGAUGUUCUGAGAACCUUUCAAUUGCGAUAUUUGCAAUGGAUUCUUUACGUCAGCUGGCGAUGAAAUUCCUGGAGCGGGAAGAACUGGCCAAUUAUAAUUUCCAGAAUGAGUUCAUGAAACCAUUUGUAAUUGUCAUGCGUAAAAGCAGUGCCAUUGAAAUCAGGGAAUUGAUCAUUCGAUGUGUUUCUCAAAUGGUUUUGGCCCGUGUCAAUAAUGUUAAAUCUGGAUGGAAGAGCAUGUUCAUGGUCUUCUCAACUGCAGCCUAUGAUGACCAUAAAAACAUUGUUCUUAUGGCCUUUGAGAUAAUUGAGAAAAUUGUUCGUGACUACUUUCCAUACAUUACAGAAACGGAAACCACCACUUUCACAGACUGUGUGAAUUGCUUGAUUGCAUUCACCAAUAGUAAUUUGAACAAAGAUGUAAGCCUUAAUGCUAUUGCUUUUCUUCGGUUCUGUGCGGUGAAGCUUGCAGAAGGGGAUAUUGGUUCAACUGCAAAGAACAGGGACAAGGAAGUUUCUGCAAAGAGUGGUCUUACUUCACCUCAGAGUAAAAAAGAUGGAAAAGUAGAAAGUCUCCGGUUUACCGACAAAGAUGAUCAUCUCUAUUUCUGGUUUCCUCUGUUGGCAGGAUUAUCAGAACUUAGCUUUGACCCAAGGCCUGAGAUUAGGAAAAGUGCCUUACAAGUGCUUUUUGAUACAUUGCGAAACCAUGGUCAUCUUUUUUCAUUGCCAUUAUGGGAGCGAGUCUUUGAUUCAGUCCUGUUCCCUAUCUUUGACUAUGUCCGUCAUGCCAUUGAUCCUUCUGGGGAAACUUUGCAAGUACAUGGUGUAGACAGUGAUGGAGAUGAGCUAGACCAAGAUGCCUGGCUCUAUGAGACAUGCACAUUGGCCCUUCAACUAGUUGUUGAUCUCUUUGUUAAGUUUUAUGAUACAGUCAAUCCACUGUUGAAAAAAGUGCUUUUGUUACUUAUUAGUUUUAUAAAGCGCCCUCAUCAGAGCCUUGCUGGCAUUGGUAUAGCUGCAUUUGUUCGAUUAAUGAGCAAUGCUGGGGGUCUGUUUUCUGAAGAGAAGUGGCUUGAGGUGGUCUUGGCAUUGAACGAAGCAAAUACUGGAACUUUACCUGAUUUUAAGCGAAUCUUGUAUGAAAUGAACGUUUUGAGUGGGUCUACUGACACUGGAGAUUCUUCUAUGAGGUCUGGUAAUGAAGGUUCUUCUGAUUCAGCUACUCAUGGUGAUGAGACGGAUGGCGUGAAAGCACGCCGCCUCUAUUUUGCCAUUACUGAUGCCAAAUGCCGCACAGCUGUUCAACUUUUGCUGAUUCAGGCUGUGAUGGAGAUUUACAACAUGUACAGAGCUCAGCUGUCGGCCAAGAACACUGUUAUCCUCUUUGAAGCCAUACACACAGUUGCAUCUUACGCUCACGAGAUAAACUGCGACUCUUUCGUGCGUGCAAAGCUUCAAGAGCUCGGCCCCACAACCCAGAUGCAAGAUCCACCAUUGCUUCGCCUCGAGAAUGAGUCCUACCAAGUAUGUCUUACCCUACUCCAGAAUCUCUUACUCGAUAGGGACACCAAAGAUGGAGAGGUUGAAGUGGAGACCUUCCUUGAACUAUGCAAAGAAGUCUUGCAAGUCUAUCUCAAAACAGCUCAAUCUAUAACCUUACCCGGGUCCACGAGCAUGGAGCCCAGAGCUCAGUGUGAGCCCUCAACUGAGUCCACUAGCACCGUAUCUAGAGCUCGAUGGCCCAUCCCCCUUGGCUCAGCAAAGAGGAGGGAGUUGGCUGCCCGUGCACCCCUUGUGGUGGCCACACUCCAAGCCAUUUGUGGUCUCGAGGGCUCGUCAUUUGAGAGUAAUUUGAGUCGAUUCUUUCCAUUGCUUUCGGGUUUGGUGGGUUGUGAGCAUGGCUCUAAUGAGGUUCAGUUGGCUUUGAGUGAUAUGCUGAGAUCUAGAGUUGGGCCGAUCUUGCUUAGGUCUUGUUGAGUGAGCAAUGUAUGGUUUAGAUUGUAUGAUAUUUUGAUCCCUUUGUUUAAAUCUGUAUCUUUUUGGGGUUACGUUCCCCUUUCUAUUUUUCAGUAAUCCUGAGGAUGUGUAGAAUAAUGGCUCAAGUGAAGUUGGUGUUUGGCUUGGGGUGCUAGAACACUCGUUGGUAGAGUUAGAAAAUGAGUAGAGCAGGCUAGUUCGGUAUCGGAGUGGAUUUCUCAAGUGCUAUGUUCCAAUUUUCUCAUUGUUUUAUUCAUGUCCUCUCCUUGUCACAGUUUGUUCUUUACUGA